CGUCCAUUUUAAUGAAUGGCUAAGAUUUGUUUAAUGAGUAGAUAUUAGAAACUUUUCAUUAGAGAAUCCUUCUUAUUUGCAUAACAAACGCCUCCCUCCCGAAGAAGAAGAGGAGGAAGAAGAAAACAAAGGGAAAAAGAAGAAAAAAAUGUCGACGUCUUGCAAGGGGCUGGCUCUGGAGCUCGUCAAAUGCCUCAGCGAAACCGACUGUGUUAAGGUUCAAAAGCGACCAUACAGGGAAUGUGCAGGGGAGAAGGUGCCAUGUAUAACCAGUGAAUGUGUAGGUCUAAGAGAAACAUACUUCAACUGCAAAAGAGGCCAGGUAUGUUUUCCCACAAAUAUACCCGUUAUUUUGUUCUGGGGCUACUCACUACAUUUUAAGUUUUUCUUCAAAAAUCGUCCUGGCAGGGUAGGGAGGGGGUUGGGGAUUGCAUGGAACCUGUACUAUAUAGUUAUGCAUAGAUGA